UCUGAGUCGCAUGCCAACAAUCAACGUGCAAAAGCCUAUGUUCUCUUUCAAGCUUCAACUGCUGUCCCUAUAUAUUAACUAUAGAAGAUUUGGCAAAGGCCACCAUAACACUUCAAAUGGCAUCCAGCUCUAGCAAGUGUUUGCACUUAUUUCUUCUUCUUCUUCUCUCACACUCUGCUUUCUCUGGCAAUAUCGUAACCAAUCUACCAGGCUUCUCUGGUGAUCUGCCCUUCACACUUGAGACUGGGUACACUAGUGUGGGUGAUGUUGAAUUCUUCUAUUACUUUGUUCACUCAGAGAGUAACCCUGCUGCUGAUCCUCUUCUCCUCUAUCUCAAUGGAGGUCCUGGUUGCUCAGGCUUGAAUGGAUUCUUUUACCAAAUAGGGCCACUAAAAUUUGAUGUCAGUAACUACACUGGGGGUAUGCCAACAUUGCUCUAUGAACCAACUUCUUGGUCAAAGACUGUCAACAUUCUGUUUUUGGAUUCACCGGUCGGAACCGGUUUCUCAUAUGCAACAACAACUGAAGCUUGGAACUCAACGGACGUAAAAUCAGCAGAACAAGCUUAUGAUUUUCUUAGAAAUUGGCUGAUCGAUCACUCAGAAUUCCAAACAAAUCCAGUCUAUAUUGGCAGUGAUUCAUAUGCAGGGUUAAUUGUUCCUAUACUUGCUACGAAUAUAUUAGAAGGAAAUGCAGCAGGACUUGAGCCUAUUGUGAAUCUCAAAGGUUUAUCACUUGGAUGCCCACACACUGAUACAAUUAUUGAAACGAAUUCAAAAAUACCAUUUGCUCAUCGCUUGACACUUAUAUCCGAUGCAAUGUAUGAGUCAGCUAAAGACAGCUGCAAUCACACAUAUGCCGAUGUCGAUCCGACAAAUACAGAAUGUGUAGAGGCUCUUGAUGCUAUAACUGAGUGCUAUGAAUUAAUAAAUCGCCAAAACGUUUUGGAACCGAAUUGUGCUUUAUUAUCACCAAAACAAAAGGAAAAUCUUGUUAGAAGAUCUCUCAGAGCAAUGAAAAGAAACUUUAUCAAGCCACUGCCUACAUUGGGAGACCUCUAUUGCCAUAACUUCCAAUAUCUGCUUUCUGAUAUAUGGACAAAUUAUAGAAGUGUCCAAGAUGCUCUUAACGUUCGCCAGGGAAUGAUCCCAGAAUUUUAUAGGUGCAACAUUAGCUUGACCUAUACAGUGGAUAUGAACACUGUUAUUCCUUAUCAUGAGAAUCUCACUACCACAGGCUUGCAAGUUCUGGUUUUCAGUGGUGAUCAUGACAUGGUCAUGCCUCAUAAUGGUAUUGAAGAAUGGAUAGUUUCUCUGGGUCUGACAAUCGACAUCGACUGGCGACCAUGGUUUACUGAUGGUCAAGUUGCAGGAUACACAAGAAGGUAUACAAAUAGUGGAUAUCGUUUGACGUAUGCAACUGUGAAGGGAGCAGGCCACUCACCACAGGAGUACAAACGAAAGGAAUGCUUUGACAUGUUUCACCGAUGGAUUCGUUACUAUCCUCUCUAGAUACUUAUGUUUGGUUGAAAAUUUCGGAGCAGAGCAUACUCUGUUUUUUGUAAUUGCAUUAUUAGAGUAGCUAUUGCUCCCAUUGAAGAAACUAUUUAAGAACCUUGCAGUGAUUGUGAGAAUUUAAGAAUUAGCAAUUCUACUACUCUGAAAUAACAUACAUGGGCAGUUUAUAAGAGAGAACCAACUAUUUUUAA